GUCUUAGGAACUGAAGGUUUGGGGUUUCCUAAGGUUGUUCUUGCUUUCUUUUCACUAACCAGGCUCUAUGUGGUGAGACUCUGGGAGAAGUUUCAACGAUGGGGCCUGCAAGAGAUGCCGGAAACAAACGGCACAAUCCUGUCCAAAGCAUCUGCCGGAAACUCCAGAUGAUUCAGAGGAUGAAUCCUCCGUCCAGCGCCGUGCUGCUUCCUACCAAAACUCCGUCAGAGAGCGUUGGUCAUCCACACGGUGAAAACGCCAAGGACAAUCUUGGAGCCACCUUGAGGGUCCCAACCGAGAAGAGCCAACUUGCGGCCAAUUACUCAAGCCCCAGGGGUGGUGAGAGAUUCUUUGCAAGACCGGGGACGAUGUCUCCGAGCCCCACGUGGGUGCCUGGGCUUCGUUCACCUGAGAAGAGCGCAGGCCUUGUCCGUCUCCUCCAUUCGGAGGACGUCCUCCAACCAAGACGGGCGCUUCACUGGAACCAGAGCUCUUUGACCCCACGUAUCCAGAGAGAAAGACCGCUGGUUUCCUCGGCCCGGCGUCUGUUCUCCGACAGUCCCCCGGAAAGUGACCUACUCACCUCGACCCCUGACUCUAAGGCCUCUCGUGACCGAAGCCACAGUCGUUCUGCUCUCUGGUCUUCAGUGGUGAAGAAGUUGUCUCUGGGAGGAGGAGGAGGGAAACAAGAAACGGAUGAUGAGGAUGACGACCGUGAUGAUCCAGGAGAGGCCACGUGUGUCAGCAACAUUUGUGAGGAGGAGUUGCUCCUCAAUAUCUUUUAUGCAUGUGACCCAGAGCAGAAAGGGAAAGUGGCCGUGACGGUAAUAGUAGAUUAUCUGAGGCUCACCACCAGUCGGGCUACAGAGGACAGUGGCCUUGAAGAGUUACGGAAUAUGCUUGACCCUGACAAGGAGGACAUUGUUGUAGACCUGGACACUUACUAUGCAAUAAUGAAACAGUGGAUAGCAGACUGUAGGAGCAAAUGGGGAGAAGACGACUGUCAACCAACUGCGGGGGAAAGCUCUGUUUUCAAGGUACAGGAGAGCCAGAAAGCAGGACAGAGGACUGCAAGUAAAACGAAUGCGACAGUGAGGAGCUUUGAGGCUUUAGGAGGAGACCCAUCAAAAUGCGACUUGGAGACCUCCGACUUAAUUACGUGCAUGGCCGACCUGCAGUUCAAUAAGCAGAAGUUGCAGGAGGAAAACGGCAAGUUCAAAUUGGCGUUGGAGGCCAUGGAAGAAGCCAAUCACAAGCUGGGAGAGGAUUGUGAGCAGCUGCGAAAUCAGAUGAAGAGCUUUUUUUCCAGCGCCCAGCAGUCUCUUACAAGAACAAAGCUGCUAAAGGAAGAGCUAGAGGAACUGAAAACUGACAUGAAUGUUGCAGAACAGCAGAAAACCAAGAUCGUGGCCCAGAAUAAACAGCUUGAAAAAGAAAAUCGGUCCCUUGUUCUUAAGAUCCAGCUUCUCCAGGAAGAGAGCAUCAGCAGUGCCCGAGACAACGAAACCCUGGAGAAGAAGAUAGCCGAGCUGACUAAAGAGGCAGCCGACCACCAAGUGCAGCUGCGUGAAUAUGAGAAUGCCGUGCUCGAUCGGGACCAGAGGCUUCAGGAGAAAGAAUUGAAGAUAGAAGAGCUGAAGUCAAUCAACAUGGAAUACGCCACAGUAAUCCAGAACUUGCGAGGGGAGAAAACCAAACUGGUGGAGGAGAUUGAACAGAUGCAGCAGGAAAUCCUCUCCUGCGGCAUCAACUUCCCCACGGGCGGCAACCUCGGCGGGCACGGAGUAGAGACGUCCUUACACCGGGAACUCACGCUGGCUCAGAGUGUGGAGAUCCACCAGCAGGAACAGAAGCCAAGCCCCCAGGACCUGCUGCUGAAUUUCUUGGAAAAACAUGAAGAAUCUCUUCAGGACAUGCUCUUCAACAAGGCUGGAAUUCUGAGGAGAACCAGACAACAAGAGCCAGGAGCUACUACCGAGCUGCAAGAAGAGACGGCGAAUCAGGCAGAAGCCAGAAGCCGGCAAGGAUCUCCGCACCGUCGAGGGUUCGCCAACCGACAGGAAAACGAUGAAGACGGUACGGUCAUCCCGGAUGGCAAAGAACCCGUCUGUUUGCAGCUUAAAUUAGAGGAAGCGAUUUCAGCCCAGGCUAUAAAUACGACGCUAUCGAGCGCCCACAGGAUCUCCCAGCUGAAGACGAGAGGGCAGAAAAAUGCUUGGGGUCCCGACCCCCUAGAGUGGAUGCCAGGAGGGCAGAAGGCAGACUGGACUCCCGGGUCAGGCCCAGCUGCGACUUUCUGCGGGAGGUUGGAGAGCAACCCUGACAGACAGUGCUCUGCUGACCAGCUGACCCUCCAGCCCCUCAAGUGCCCGGGCCUGUCAGAGAGGCCCCAGACCGGGGAGACGUUUCCUGUUCCUGCCACAAUGGAUCAUCUGGCCCCCAGGGAGAAUAGUGCUUGGUCAUCACCUUUGGGGAGCUCCUCUCAUUCCAGAGCGGAUCCGUCCCCCGUCACGGGCUACAACACAUCAUCUACGGAGAGCGCCGUCACCUCCACCGAUUCCGACUCGGAUGUGCUGACGCUGACCGUGGCCCCCAGCGAUCUGGAUUCCCAGCCUCCGGAGGAGGAAGGACGGACACCUCCCCUCUCCCGCAGCCCGACAGAGAGCCGAAACCUCGCUAAUGAAAACACUCCCCUCCCGGCUUCCCCGGCUGAGGAUCAAGCGGCAUUAAACGUGGAAACGAAGACGGAGAUGAAAGCGGCAGAAGAGAAUAAAGAGAAAGCUUCGACGGCGGAAGAGACGGCGGCGACACCUGAAACUUUAACGCCCAUCAAAUCGGUUGACUUCCGGCAAAGCGACAACCCUUCUCCAAAUGAUAAGGAAGUGGAGGCCGAGUUUCUUCGGUUGUCCCUGGGAUUCAAGUGCGACCGCUUCACCUUGGAGAAGAGGGUGAAAGUGGAGGAGCGAUCCCGUGACCUGGCUGAGGAAAAUCUGAAGAAGGAGAUCACCAAUUGCCUGCAGCUCCUCCAGUCUUUAAUUCCCCUGUGUGAAGAUGAUAACCAAGCCCAGGAAAUCAUUAAGAAGCUGGAAAAAAGCUUAAAGUUUCUCAGCCAGUACACCGCCAGAGUUUCCGGGAAGGCAGAGAUGUUGGGAGCCAUUAACCAGGAAAGUCGAACGAGUAAAGCGGUGGAGGUGAUGAUUCAACAUGUGGAGAACCUGAAGCGGAUGUACGCCAAGGAGCACGCCGAGCUGGAGGAGCUCAAGCAGGUUCUCAUCCGCAACGAAAGAUCCUUCGGCGCCCUCGAGGACGAUGAUGACUGUCAAACCAAAAAGCGUUCCGCUUCUCUGAAUUCCAAGCCCGCGUCUCUCCGAAGAGUUAGCAUCGCCACCUUGCCUCGGAACAUCGGGAAUACCGGAGCUGGCCUGGGAUUGGCACAAUUACCUCUAAUGUCCGGACUGGAAAAAAAUGAGCGGUUCAAUAGGAGGUCAAGCAGUUGGCGGACACUGGGGUCCAAACCAAGAGAUUCCCGGCCCUCGCUGCAACGGUUCAUUAGCUCAUACGAUUGGGGAGACAGUGAGGGAGAGAAAUGUCAACUGAAAGACCAAGAGGAGUCCGAACUACCGGCGAAGGAAGCGACGGAGAAAACGAGGAAGCUGAGCGCCACGGAAAAGGGGAAAAAUCCGGCCGUUUCUUCCUUCUACAACGCGGUGUGCGACUGGGCCGUGGAUCUCAAGGCGUCCUUUCACAAGGCCAACAAGACCGUGUGGAUCUCUGUGGCGUUCAUCGUUCUCUUUGCCGCGUUCAUGAGCUUCCUGACGGGCCGCUUCUUCCAGAGGCUGGUGGACGCCGCUCCGGAGGAAAACGGCUGCCCCUGGCCUCCCCUCCAGCGGGGCCUGUGGCCUUACAUCGGGGUCCGCCACCGCGACCCCCCGCCCGUGUAACCGGGGAAUGUCGCGGGUCGGAAGCCCGUCGCUUCUCCGGGAGAGUGGGGAGGGAUUUUUUUGGAAACGGGAUGGGAGGAUCCGAAACCCGACGGCGUGAGACUGUCUCCUUCUCCCUCCCCCCGGAUUCCACGGCGGACCGCCGGCGCCUUUUCUGAGGAAAGACUGGACCGUAGCUAGGAUUAGCCACUCGGAUCGUUGAGACUUUUAACCGACCUACUAGGAGAAGGGGUGAAUUAAUUUUUUUUUUACUGAGAAGAAACCGUAU